AUGGAGAUUGGACCACGAGUGCUCACUCAUUCGACAAUCUUGCGUCAGCAGAUCAAGUCACAACUGAUGAUUGUUGCUACUCAAGGAGUCGUAGCAGUAGCAUAUCCGCUCUUCAGUGCAGUCUUUAAUCAUCUCACGGGGAUCGAGCAAACCGCUUUUAUAAUAGUCAUGCCUAUCAUCAAGUUUGUCACCAAGCAAAUUAUCGCGGAUGCUGCUAAAAGGCUCAACGAAUUUGUUGGUCCCAUUGUGGUGUUUUCAGUCGAUGUAUUCAACGUUUUCUACGUUGCGAUUUGCAUGCAAGCCGCAACAUCAACAAUGACGACGCUACUUAUUGUCGCUGCAGACAGCUUUCACCUAAUCGUUGCUGUUCGAAGUAUUUUCCAGCGAAAUAAUGCAAAUCACGGGUCACGUGGUUCAGAACUUUCGUAUUAUCUGAGUGAGUUACCGCUUAAGGUGCAAAUGGUUUUCCAAGGCUUUGCACCUCACGUGCGGCAGAUCCGCAUACGAGCUCCUUUUCCACUUCCACUUUCGGAUGAAAGCCGGGUGCUUCUAGACAAUCUCAACAAGCUAAAAAAUUCUGACGCGCAAACUGAAAUUGAGUCGAUUUCGACGAGAUAUUCUGACCAAAACAUGACCACUCAGGGAGAUAAAUAUGAAUGCAUCCAGCUAGUCCAGCCCAUUCGAACAAUCGCAGUUGCUAAGCCGCGUCAGAUUGAACCCUCCUGCCCGAUCACUGAAGGAUAUCUGGUGAAAAAUAAAACGGAUCAUCUCAAAUCUGUCUACGAUGAUCUACAAGCACUUUUCCAUUCCGAGUACGUCCUGAUGGGUGAAUAUAUCGAGUUCGUGCUCCCAUUACUCUACGCUCUGUACCUCGCCGUGUUGUUCCAUCUGCCCAUUGCGGCCUAUUAUCCACAUACAUCAACGAUGACGACUACUAAGCUGCACGAAACGCUAGUGAGCAUCUUGGCUUUUUCGGUGGUUGAGUUCGUUGCAUUUAGCGGUCUUCUGCUAAUGCUGAGGAGAAAAUUCGGAUUCACGCCGUUGUACCAGUUGGCGUUCGUUUUGGAAACUCAAGCCAAUACCCUACAAGGACAUUUAUUUGUAUGGACCCCGUUCAUACUGCAGUUAACCCUAUCGUUCCCUACCCAUCAACCUCGAACGGAGCUGUCGCUUUCACAAUUGAAAACGCAGCAGACCGAGGCAAGUAUGAGUUUCGAAAAUAAUUUUACGAGAAUUGAAAGCGUGCGCUUUCCAGACGAAAUAUCAGCUUUGUUUCACGUUUUGGAUUCAAUUGAUGAAAUGCUAAUGUCGCCAGAAGAAGGCCUGAUAAAAGCUGCUGGAACAAAUCAAGUGCCUUGGAUCGAAAAUCUCCUUGAGACGUAUGAUGGCGACUUGACAGAUGCAAUCGUAAGUGCGUCGGCUAAUGGGCAUGUGGAGCCGCUACUUCGCCUACUGCAAGAGACUCAAGAGCGAGGAAGCAGCGGUCGAAUCGCGCUGCAGAAAGUUGUUAAAACAGCAGCGACUCAUGGGCGACUAAAUGUCAUAUCUGUGUUCCUGCCACAGAUCGCUGAUUCCGAUCAGGAUACGGAAGCACUUUUGGCGAUGUAUGAAAGCACGUGGCAAGUGCUCGACGAAGCAACAGCUCGUGGGUACCGGGACGUUAUUCGAUUUGCUAUAGAAUUUGCAACGGAAUGGGGCUAUAUUGACUCGUAUGCAUCAACAAGUACGUCAGACGCUUUGGCACGUGCAAUUGAAGGGUGUCUCGAUGAUGUGGCCAUUUACCUUCUUGGCAUUUUCGCGAUCCCAUGUAAAAUGAAAGACGCUCUUGAAAAAGCGAUAGAACGUGGACAAUUCGAUAUUAUCGAGUGGACGUACGUGAUUUACGUGCAACGUGCUGGAGUCGGGCAGAUGUUAACAGAUUUGGCGAGCGAUGGGAACAUCGGUGCUGUUAAGUAUCUUUGCACCCAUUUUGGUAUCCCUCCGUGUGCCAUUAACGAAGCUUUCAGAAGUGCGACGGGUAUUUCGACUAUUCAAUUUCUUUACAAUACUGGGUGUAUUUCGCCUGGUUCGAUUACUAUGGUGUUUCGGAAUGCAUCUGGACGUGGGGUGUUAGACGAAUAUUAUCAAGAAAAACUUGAGAUUGUAGAAUUACUAUGCAAGGAGAGUUGUAUUCCACCCCGAGUCGUUAGAUUUGCUUUUGUCCGUGCCGCUGCCCGCGGUGACGAAGAUUUGCUGAACGUCUUGUGGAAUGAUUACCGGCUGAAUGACCAAACUUUCGUGAAAGCAUUCAAUAUUGUUGUAACCGACAGCAAUUUGUAUUUAACGAGAGUACUAUUCCACGGUGGUCGUAUCUCAGCUCAGGCGACCAACAAUGCUCUACUGGUUUCUUCAAGUAGAGGAUAUCAGAAAAUCGUGCUGUUCUUGAUUGACGCGCCUGGGAUAGUUGAUUGGGCGAAGGAAAAGGUAUUCCUUGAUGCAGUUCGUAGUAACCGGUCGUACCUAGUCCAGUGCUUGUGUGACAAGAGAAGCUGGCCAGCUCGUGUUGUGAAACGUGCUGUGUGUAUUGCGGACAAUCGUGAACUAAAUGAAAUUCGGGAGACGCUUACGCGCUUAGGAAAGUAG